CCGGUCAGCCGGAUCCGCUUGCCAGGCCAUGUUGCUGCGGCCGCUGCGGGGCUGGGCUUCCCGGGCGCUGCGCCGCAUCGGCCCGGGGGACCCCGGAAGCCCCGCCUCGGGCGCUGGGCCGCGGGGGACGCAGCACCGGGCCUGGCCUCCGGAUAAAGAUAGAGAAAAAGAAAAAGAGAAAAAAUCAGUGAUCUGUGUAGAGGGCAAUAUUGCAAGUGGGAAGACGACAUGCCUGGAAUUCUUCUCCAGCACAACAGACAUUGAGUUGUUAACAGAACCUGUGCACAAAUGGAGAAAUGUCCGUGGCCAUAAUCCUCUGGGUCUGAUGUACCGUGAUGCCUGUCGAUGGGGCCUCACGCUGCAGACAUACGUGCAGCUCACCAUGCUGGACCAGCACACUCGUCCUCAGACGGCACCUGUACGGUUGAUGGAGAGGUCAAUUCACAGUGCAAGAUACAUUUUUGUUGAAAACCUGUAUAGAAGCGGGAAGAUGCCUGAAGUGGACUAUGUGGUUCUGUCGGAAUGGUUUGACUGGAUCGUGAAGAACAUCGACGUGUCCGUUGAUUUGAUAGUUUAUCUCCGGACCACACCUGAGACCUGUUUCCAGAGGUUAAAGAUGAGAUGCAGAGAAGAGGAGAAGGUCAUUCCACUGGAAUAUCUGGAUGCUAUUCACCACCUCUAUGAGGAGUGGCUUGUCAAAGGAAGCCUUUUCCCUGUGGCAGCACCUGUUCUGCCUUGCAUUCCCCCUGGUGCCUCUCCUGGUGGCUUCUCAUUGCUGGAUCCCUCUGGUGAAGCCCUUAGGAAGAGCACCUGCCAUGUGUCCUGCAUCAUGCUGGGCUCUGUACAGAAUUGUCUUCAACUCUUCAGACCACCCAGAGGGUGAGGUAGCAGUCUUAUAUCCCAGGAUAGUCCUAUAUUUGGCUCGAGCCCAGCAUUCAGUGGUUUCCCAGCACGCUGAAACAUCUACCACCUCAUCAUCCGGACUUCAGUGACCUCAGAAGAAAGCAUUGGUUCCUGCAUGGGGCUCAGUCUUCUUGGGAUAAAGGUCCUGCUUGAACAGCUGCCAAUUCAUGUCAGGGAAAGAGCUUUUGGCGCCUGGCCUGUUUGCCCAGUGCCAAGCUGGGACAAGGGGUGACCAGCUCUGGCUUCCGAAGGUCCCUGACUCCCUCAUGUCCUUGUAUGAGGAGCUUCGCCAAUUGUUUGUGGCCCAGGGGAAGAGACAUCAGUGGCCUUAAGUCUUUUUUGCAAUGUUUUUCCAUCCAAGGGGACACCUCAGGCCAUAGAGUGUGAAACCAUCUUUAUUGGUUCAGAAAAUAUCACUUUGGGCCGGCCCCGUGGCGCACUCGGGAGAGUGCAGCGCUUGGGAGCGCAGCAGCGCUCCCGCCGCAGGUUCGGAUCCUAUAUAGGAAUGGCUGGUGCGCUAACUGGCUGAGCACGGUGCGGACGACACCACACCAAGGGUUGCGAUCCCCUUACCGGUCACAAAAAGACAAAAAAAAAAAAAAAAAAGAAAAUAUCACUUUGCUCAGCUAUGACAAUGCAUGGAAGGCACAGCUGCCUCUGCAGUCAAGGAGGAAAUGAGAGAGGAAGAACAUUCCCUUGGGGACAGUCUGGACAGGAGAGUUGGGGUUUGCAAACAAGGCUCUGGAAGCAUUGCUGCUGCUGAUGUUUUGGAGGUGGGUGGAGAGAGCUUCAAGAAGACCGGUUGUAAAUCUGGGAAAGGAUUAAUUGUGGACUCUGGAGAAAUAGGCCAAGUACUCUCACAGCAGUGGCUGGCUAUAGGUGAAGGUACCAAAGCCUCUGCAAGUGUGGGCACCUGUGUGUACAACUUUCUGCCAGUAAACAGGUGUCCGGUGCCCCUGUGGCCAGUCCCUGAGAGAGUACUAAGAGUCCAGCUCCUCGUAUUUCUUGUUUGGACCAAUUCUUGGGCUGUGUCAGCAGGAUGAGGGGCAGCAGCCAGGUGGGGACCGUGUCUCUCAGCACCUGUAGCCCAAAUGCCAGUGAUUGACAAGAUAAUUGGGGGAGGCAGGAACCUUUGCUAUCAGGAAUCUUGAUGUGCUGGGGCCAUCUUUGGGAAUUUGUAAAUAAACAGUUCGGUAUUUCCCCUUGGCUCAGUUUGGGGAAAAUGUAAUUUUUUUCUUACUCUGUGGCACUCAGUAAAUCCUUUACCUAAAUCCUGUUGUUGAUUUUGGAGUGUUCCCUGUGCCAGUGAUUUUAGC